UCCGCAGGUACUGGUGGUGCUGGCCAUCGGGGGCUGGAGCUCUAGCUCGCUGCAGCGGCCGCUGUUCCUGGCCGUGCGCCUUGCCUCCUGGAACCAGAUCCUGGACCCCUGGGUGUACAUUCUGCUGCGCCAGGCGGUGCUACGCCAGCUGCUUCGCCUCCUGCCCCCGAGGGCCGGCGCCAAGGGCGGCCCCGCAGAGCUGGGCCUAACCCGGAGCACCUGGGAGAUCAGCUCGCUGCGCAGCUCCCGGCACAGUGGCCUCAGCCACUGCUAAGCGCGCCCAGAGGCCCAGCGGCUAGGCCAGUCC